AUUUUUUAUACCUGCGGGGGCGUUUUUCACGCGUUCUACUAUACCUGCUUUUUUCAGGAUCGGAACAAGGAAUACAUGCUUCGGUUGGAUCAGUAAUUAUAGUGUCUGGAAUUAACAGAAGUAGAGAAAAAAAAAUCAUCGUCGAUAAAGCACAGCACCCACAGACCAGCCUUAUACACCCUCUGGCUGGGAAGAAAAGAUGCAUUUGAUCACAGCGCAAUACUCGUUCACGAACAGCUCAAGGGUAAGUCGGUUAUUACCACAGCCAGUUGCGAGCCACUUCUCGAUGGAACCGACGACUUUUCCCUCGGCGUUGAGUUUCGUCAAGUAAAACAGGUCGUCAUUGGCGGGGCUGGAAGUGAGCAACACGAGUCCUCCAUCUGCCGAAUUGCGAAUUGUCGGAAUUGCUGAACCGCACGACACCGACGUGUUAAACUUGAGAUUGCCCUGUUGAUCGAAGAGCCAAACGUCGACGCGGUAGUUGUCGUAUCGAGCUACACCUAUGUUCCCGUGGGCCGUUGAUACUGUCUUAUGUAAUAGACCGGACAGGCUCGUGGAGAAAUUCGCCAAUAAUUUGAUCGAUCCUGUGUAUGGAAUAAUCGUUUGAAAUAUGUUAUGUAAAAUGGACUAGCUCACGUCCUACUGAAAAAUCUGAUUCUGCCCUAUGGGUUGCUACAAUUUCUUAAAUGACUAUAAUUUAGUUUGAGACUCGUGAGAUUUUAAUAUAAUUUUUUAAAAACUGAAAUAUUGCUUAAAAUUGAUUUAAACGUGUAUUUUUGAGCAUGAAUUAUAGUUAUUCAAAACAUUUUAUCGACCGUGAACUGCAAUUAAUUUCUUCGAUUGCUUGGAAUCUGAGAGCCGGGCUCUUGAACUUCAUCGAAACCCCCGGAAGCGUAACCCACGGCGCCACCUCGGAAGUGACGUUAUCUUGCGCGUCGAUGUGAUAUUUCCUGUAAAUCACGUCGUGAUUCUCCGUCGAAGCCGAGAUCAGAACGUUACGACCGACGAGGAGUUAUGGGGUUCCUGGUUGUAGCACAGGGCGUAGAUGAGAUUCUUGUAUUCGUCGAUGCUGCUGUAGAAGUCUCGGUUGAAGAUUGGCUCGGGUCCAACGAAUGGGAAGUUCCGUUGCUUUUCGUACACGGUUCUUAUCUCCGCGUUGGUGUUCAAGGCGAAUUAGAGAAUCGGAAGCAAUAUUAUUGAUCUUCUGAGUAUAGAGACAUGGUGGAUAUUUAGCGACUCAAAAUAUGGACGUCUUGUCUCACUGCUCGACGUCGCACGACUGUCGAGGCGUCUUUGCGAGUUAUCGCAAGAGGCGGAGAUUUUUUUUCUUCUCGAGGGUGAUAAAAUAGUAUACGGUUGUGAAAUUGUUCGAUAUGCUGCUUAUACAGAGACUGUUGACUCAGGGGGAUGGGACUAAUGUAGAGCUUCUUUUACGCUCCGACUAUAGUUUUAAUAAAACAGAAAAAAAAAAUACGACUUAUAAAACUUAUUUGUUCGAAAAAAAAAAACCAAUGACGCAAAGGUACAAAUUGAUCGCUCGACAACAUCCUCCGCAUACAAUACAAACCAUUUCGCAGCCAUUAUCCCUUAAUUCGCCUCGUUAAGCGUGAUGUCACAUAAACCAAUUCAUCCAGCAACAAAAGGGCGCAGUUCCGAUUUUGGCCGCCUCACAAGGUAUACCGCGUGUAUUUCGCGGCGCCACUUCUGACUUUAAAUGGUUAAUCACCGGAGAAUACGCAACGUCACACUCGACAUUCGUACGGCGUCAACUAGUGAAACAAGACCUUAGUGGUUCACCAUGUGGACUCCGAAAGGUCUUGUCCAGUGACGCUGUAAACCUUCAACAACGGAACCCACGGCUCCGACUACCUGGAGGUUUACCCGUUCGGCUUCACAAGGGCUGUGAUCGUGUGAUCGGACUAUCGCAGUGAGCCGCGAUCUCUGAAGUGUACCAUAGUGGACCUCAACACUUGCAAGAGCAAAGAGGUGCUUCUGCGGAAAAAUAGCCACAUUAUCGAGCUGGUGUAUUUCAUGGCCUACGACGAUUCUUUUGAACUUUCGAACGAACAUGACGAAAUAUCGGAUGAGUUCAGAUAUGGCUUAUCGAGCGAUCGGUUACCUAUACCUCGAUUAUGCUUACGAGGAUAAUUGGUACGUCAAUCGAAUAACCCUAAUGGAAUCGGGUGGGCCGAUGACAUAGUGCUGGCGCAAUACCGUCGGUCUUUUGUAGACUUCAGCAACAAGGCAGUAUCAACAACCUUCGAGAAGAUAGGCAAUGCCAUUCCCGUCAAUAAUCUCGUCGAUGUUUCGCAGUUCGAUCGAAGUGGAACACGAGGAUCUCGUGUACAAUCUGGCGCUUAGCAACUUGGCCGAUGGAGGAUUUGUAUUGUUCACCGUUGGAUACAAGGGGGUCGUGUACGAGAACCCCGACACUUACAUCUUAACGAAAGUCGUCGGUACUGUCGAGAAUAAACUUCAGUCUAACUGUGAAGAUAAAUCGCUGGGACUACAGGUCGUAGAGAAUUACAGGACGAAGGAGUAUUGCGCUGUGAUUGCGUGUGGCGAUCGCGAGAAGGAAAUGAAAUUGGAACCUGCCCAGGCGGACGUUUUGGUGGUGUGCGUCAUCGGGAAGGAAGAUUUUUUCAAUAAUGAAACAACACUUUCAUUCCGUUCUAGUAGUUGUUGUACUUUUGUGCGAUUCUUAGAAUAAAAGUUAUGAAUUCAAACUUGGAAAAAUGAGGAAUUAUAAAAACAAAAUUGUUGAUAAUGUUUUAAUAAUAACCAUUCGAGAAACCCAGAAAUGUAUCUCUUGCAUGUAUUUAUCGUAAUACCGCGACAGCCUCAGAAUAGAUUAUCGAAUAAUUUCACAACCGCAUUUUUCUUAUCAUCGUUGGGCAAAACCAGAUCACCACCGCACUUCGAAUACAUCUAGUCUUACAGCGUCUACCAGUGAGACAAGACCUCCUAUAAAGUACAUUACGAUUCAUCAUGUAUUCACGAGGAAAAUCAAUCGGACUGCUUGCGAUCAUCUGUUUCUUCGCAAACACAAUCAAAGCAGAAGAGAGAAUCGCUUACAAAAAGCACUGGGACUUCCCUUCCGGACUCGAACUGUUUUUCGACCCCAGAUCUUACGAAGCAAGCGACGAAUACCAGAACCUGACCUACGUCAUCUGCGAUAAGCCCGACGACCUUCAGAAAUCUGAGAGAAACUGCACAGCCGUACAGGACACCCAGCCGGAAAGGUCAUGCCCGGUGACGUUGAAAAACUUCAGAGCCGAUGGCGAUGAACUGGCAAUUUACCCGUUCGGCUCGACAAGGGCUGUGAUCUUUUGGUCCGAACGCUACUCGCUAUCGAAACGAUCAACGAUAAAAUGCAUCAUCCUGGACUUUGGCACCUGCGAAAGCAAAGACGUGCUUCUGGAGGAAAGUUUCGAUAGAAUCCGCUGGACGUAUUUCGUAGCCUACGAGGAUUCUUUUGACCUCGUGACGAUUUCAAGCACGAUUAAUAACGGCCACAACAAAUAUCACGUCGACGUGGACGGUAACGUGACUUUCUCUUCGUGGAAGAACUACCUAACCAUGGAGCAGUUCGCUUCAGCUACGGCUUAUCGAGCAAUCACAGCGGAUUCGGAACUCAAAGCUUACCUACACUUCGGAAAGUCGUUCUUCGAUGUUAGCUCUACUAUUACAUCAUUGGUGAAGCCCGAUGGUUGGAGAAAAGUGUUGGUGGUAUCCAAGAAGUAUUCGAAUACUGCUUUCAUCAGGGUAGAAUCAACUGCUCACGAAACGAUAGGCAUUGCAUAUGCCCUUACAAAUGUGGUCGAAGUUUCGCAAUUCGAUCAAGAGGGUGAGCUCAAGUUGAACACGUCUGUAUCGUACGACGUGAAGGAAGUGAAGUCUCUGGCGCUUCGAAAUUUGGCCGAUGGAGGAUUUUUAUUAUGGACCAUCGGAUCCAGUGACGGUAAUCCCGACGCUUAUUACUUGACAAAAGUCGAUGCCCAAGGAAAAGUCGUCGGUACUAUCAAGAAGGAGCCGGAACCUAACUGCGCACACAAACGUCCGAGCCUUCGGGUCUUUGAUAACGAGGCGAAAGAGCAUUGCUUUGUGAUCGUAUGUCACGAUCAUGGUACCUUGGAUCUUGUUGUGAAAUGUUUCGGCGACGAAGAUUUCUCCGAUAAUAAAACGGUAGUUUGAUCGCA